AUGGCGCCUAUACCAACAGAGCCCACCGCCUUCGCGGCGUCUGCCACAAGCUCAGCGUCGGGUUCCACAGGCGCAACCACUCCGGAGCUCACUCUCACCUCCAAGACCAGAAAGCGAGCCUGUGUCAUCGGUCUUGGAAUGGUCGGCAUUGCCUUCAUCGAAAAGCUGCUCAAGUACGACCUCGAAGGCGGUCGAGACGAGUGGGAGAUCACUGUGUUUGGCGAAGAGCCACACAUUGCCUACAACCGUGUCGGCCUGACCCAGUACUUCUCCAACCGCUCCAUCGAGUCGCUCUAUCUCAACGAGCUGGGCUGGUACUCGUCACAUGCCAAGGGCAAGCUCACAUAUCACACCUCCGAUCAGGUCGUCGGCAUCGACGCCGACAAGAAGCUCGUUCGUACCGAAAAGGGCAACGAGAUCCACUACGACGAGUGCAUCCUUGCCACGGGCUCGGACGCCGCGUUGCCACCCUACAUCACCCGCGACAGGUUCUACUCGACCAAGGGCACCUUUGUCUACCGCACAAUCAAGGACCUGGACGACAUCAUUGCAUAUGCUGUUGAAGCACCCAAGACCAUCGGACGACGCAUCCGAAAAGCGGGCGUCAUCGGCGGUGGUCUUUUGGGUCUCGAGGCCGCCAAGGCGCUCUUGGAUCUUGAAGAGGUCGACCAGGUCGUCCUCGUAGAGCGCAACCGUUGGGUGCUGUCUCGUCAGCUCGACCAGGAGGGCGGUACAUUGGUGCUGCAAAAAGUUCGAGACCUCGGCGUCGAGGUUCUCCUCCAAGCCCGCGUUCGUGAUCUCAUCUGGAACGACGAGGGUCGCCUCACUGGCAUGCUCAUGUACGGCGCCGAAGGCGAGCCAGACGAGCCAUUUGACAUCGACAUGCUUGUCUUUGCUGUCGGCAUUACACCCCGGGACGAACUUGCCAAAGCCGUCCCUGGGCUCGAGACACAGAAGCGAGGUGGCGGAUUCACCGUCGACGAGUCGCUGCGCACCUCUGUGCCCAACCUCUACGCCGUUGGUGAGUGUGCCUCUUUCGAAGAGCAGACGUUUGGUCUCAUCGCUCCCGGUAUCGAGAUGGCCGAGGUGCUUGCCUUCAACCUGACAGAAGGCCCUCAUCACGCCAUGCGCAAGAUGAAGUCGCCCGACGUUUCGACCAAGCUCAAGCUGAUGGGCGUCGACGUGGCCUCCUUUGGAGACUUUUUCGCCGACCAGGGCAAGAUCAGCAAGCCGCUUCCGGGCAGCAAGGCCGCGUCACGACGACCAAAGGCAGCCGAUGCCGCUGCGUCCGAAAUGUCGGUCGACGAGAUCAAGAACUCGGUCAAGGCGCUCACCUACAGCGACCCCUUCUCGGAUGUAUACAAAAAGUACAUCUUCACCAACGACGGCAAGUACCUCCUCGGCGGUAUGAUGGUCGGUGACGUCAAGGACUACGUCAAGCUGGUGGCGCUCUGCAACAAGGGGGCGGCUAUCGAGAAGCCGCCUGCCGAGCUGAUCAUCGGCGCCAAGAAGGAGGGCGAAGAGGAGGGCGACGACCUGCCGGACGAGGCUCAGAUCUGCAGUUGCCACAACGUCACCAAGGGCGAUGUCAUUCGCUGCGUCAAGGAAGGAGGAGUGCGCUCGGUCGGCGAGAUGAAGUCCUCGACAAAGUGCGGUACCGGCUGUGGUGGCUGUCUGCCGCUCAGCCAGAGCAUCCUCAACAAGGCGCUCAAGGAAGCGGGUGUCGAGAUCUCGAACCACCUCUGUGCCCACUUUGCCUACACCCGCCAGGAGCUCUACCAGAUCAUCAAGUUCAAGAAGCUCAAGGACUUUACCACAGCCAUGAAGACCGUUGGCAAGAAGCCCGACAGUCUCGGUUGCGAGGUCUGCCGUCCCGCAGUGGGUUCGAUCCUGUCGUCGCUGUACAACGACUGGAUUAUGAACCCGCAACUGCGUCAGACGCAAGAUACCAACGACCGGUACCUGGCCAACGUGCAACGCGACGGAACCUAUUCGGUUGUCCCUCGUCUGGCGGCAGGUGAAGUCACCCCUGCCGGUCUCAAGGUGAUCGGCGAGGUGGCGGAAGAGUACGGCCUGUACACCAAGAUCACCGGUGGUCAGCGAAUCGACAUGUUCGGUGCCAAGAAGCAGGAUCUGCCCGCCAUCUGGGAGAAGCUGGUCGACGCCGGCUUCGAGUCCGGUCACGCCUACGGCAAGGCGUUGCGAACGGUCAAGUCGUGUGUCGGUAGCACUUGGUGCCGAUACGGUGUCGGCGACUCGGUCGGUCUGGCGCACGAGCUCGAGACGAGGUACAAGGGUCUUCGAGCUCCGCACAAGUUUAAGGGGGGUGUGUCUGGCUGUGUUCGAGAGUGCGCGGAAGCCCAGGGCAAGGACUUUGGUCUGAUCGCCACCACCAAGGGCUGGAACGUCUUCGUUGGAGGCAACGGAGGUGCCAAGCCGCGUCACGCCGAGCUGAUUGCCGAAGACGUGACACGACGCGAAGCGAUCAAGAUCCUGGACCGCUUCAUUCUGUUUUACAUUCGCUCUGCCGACAAGCUCGAGCGUACGGCACGAUGGAUCGAAAAGUUCCCCGGCGGCCUCAAGGGCCUCAAGGAAGUCAUUGUCGGUGAUAAGCUAGGCAUCUGCAAGGACCUCGAGAAGGAGAUGGAGGUGCUUGUCGGAACCUACCACUGCGAGUGGACCAAGGUUGUUCGCGAUCCGCUUCGCAAGAAGGCCUUCCGUCAAUUCGUCAACACCGACGAGACCCAGCUGGUCUCGGAAAAGAUGUCAGAGCGCGACCAGCAGCGACCGGCCGACUGGCCCGUCGAGACCGGCCCGCUCCACUUCAGCAUCCUCGACGUCGCCAAGGAUGCCGUCUGGGAAUGGCGACCAGUCUGCAAGUACUCGGAUCUGGAUCCCCAGAGCGACUCACCUUCUUCCGCCACGAUCAAGUACGGCGACACGCAGAUUGCGGUCUGGAACAUCCCCGGACGCGGCAUCCGAGCCGCGCAGAACAUGUGCCCGCAUCGACGCGCCUUUGUGCUCUCCGACGGCCUCGUCGGCGAAGACGACAAGGGCCGCGAGUAUGUCUCGUGUCCCCUGCACAAGCGCAACUACAUCCUCUCUGCCAACGCCGGCGACGAAGGCGGCAAGUGCAACGACGGCGACUACUCGAUCAUGACGUUUGAGGCCAAGAUGGAAGAGGACAAGGAUCUGGUGUACCUCAAGCUGCCGCCGACCGAGGCGCUGGAUGCCGUGCUUUCGACGUCGAAAUGGAUGUUGCGACGCGCUACCGAGGAGUCGGAUGCGCUGGCAGGCGGUCAGUCUCACUCGGUCGAGAUCACGGGUCCCCUGGACAUGGACCAGCUCGAGAAGAGCCCAUCGAGCGGGCCGCAGAAGCAGCCCGGGGCGGCGCCAGCUAAAUCUGCCAAGGCAUCUUGCGGUGAACAGUCUUCGCUCGAUUGGUAA